AUGGGGCUUUUGCUUUCGUACGCACCCAAGAACAUCAUGCUUCUCUCUCUCUUACCAAAAGCUCCAGUUUCAGCUCACUUUCCACCGCCAGAAAAACCACCCAGAAAAUUGUUCCAAUUCCAUGUGAGAUCAGUGGCCGCUCCGGCAGAAGCUGUUUCUGGGGCUCAGAGAAAGUAUUACUUGUUAGGUGGGAAGUCACUUGCUAUGGGCAUCCCCACUCCUUGA